AUGGCAGCACCAUUCGUUCCUGGGGCUGGGUCUGCGAUAUCACAGCUAGACUCAAAGAUCAUAGCGUGGAAUGACGUGAUGUUCCCAAAGUUGAAGGCGGCGAGAAAAGGGAAGAAAGUCCCUGAAUGUGAGUUCGCGGAGGAGCCGCUGGUCCAUCCUGAGAAGCAUGCGGUAUUCGGUGUGGAAGACGACGAGAGCCGGAUCGAAGAAGAUACUGGGCAAAGGCUGGAUGUGAAAGAGGACGAUGAGUUUGGCCAGUUCUUGGAAGAUCGCGGCGUCGAGAUGGUCAGCAUCGAUCCUGGGUUAGAGUUGCCGCUGGCACAGAUUGACGUUUUAGAGGCACCUCACACGAUGAGACUUGAAGACACGAGUUUCUCGUUGUUUCCGGAUGAUAUAAGUGGCUGA